AUGACUGAAUUUCUGCGUUUUAAUGAGACUUAUGAGGCUUUUGAGCAGCGAUGCACCAACGAGACUGUUUUCGACUGUACCGAAGAAGAGAUGUUAUGGUGGAUGAUAGGGCCUCGACGUCUUUCGCUGACAGUGUUGACACCGGUGACGGUUGUGUUGCUGCUUAUCUUCGCGACGGGAGUGGCGGGGAACGUGGCGGUGUGUGUGGUGAUCGUGCGGCACCCGGCCAUGCACACAGCCACCAACUACUACCUGUUCAGCUUGGCCCUCAGCGACCUGCUGUUGCUGCUAUUCGGUCUCCCCAACGACUUACUGGUGUGCUGGCACCAGUACCCCUACUUCCUGGGCAUCGUGUUCUGCAAGCUACGGGCCCUCAUCUCAGAAGCAGCCUCCUACGUAUCGGUGCUGACGAUAGUCGCCUUUUCCCUCGAGCGUUACCUGGCUAUCUGUCACCCCCUGCACCUGUACACCAUGGCCGGGCUACGGCGCGCGCUGCGGAUCGUGGCCGCCAUAUGGGCGCUGGCGAUGGUCGCCGCCGUCCCCGUGGCUACGUACACUAGCAUACACUACUUGGACUAUCCACCAGGUUCCGGGAACCUAUCCAAAGAGUCAGCGUUCUGUGCGAUGCUGACAAUGCCCUCCUGGUACUUGUGUGAGCUGAGCAGUCUUCUCUUCUUCAUCCUACCGGCCUUCAUCAUCCUGGGGCUGUAUGUGCGGAUGGGGCUUCGCAUUAGGUACGUCAUGGGAUCGUCAUGUACCAACGCCGGCAGCCCCGGCACGCUCAACGGCGUUAAUGGCAGCGUGCAUGGCGAAGCCAGGCAAGCGCAGUCCAGAAAGACUAUCAUUAGGAUGCUAGCCGCUGUAGUGGUAGCGUUCUUCGUGUGCUGGGCUCCCUUCCACUUCCAACGGCUUUUCUACAUCUACGGGAAAGCCACCCCUCACUUCUCGACCAUCAACGAGUACCUAUUCUUCGUGGCUGGCGGACUGUACUACGUGUCGGCCACUGUCAACCCUAUACUCUAUAAUGUCAUGAGCCAUAGGUACAGGAUAGCGUUCAAAGAAACGCUCUGCUUCGGCCGUGCGCGACGCAAGAGCAAGUACUACCGAGAACAUUCCAGCAUCCGAGAGACCACCGUGAACCACACCUCUGACGGAUCUCACCUCGUCAGAGUCCGAUCGCAAAGCCGGGACAGGAGAAACCGCAUCAGCAACAAAGUCUUCCGGCGUUCCAGCUACACAGAGACCUCGUCCACCGACAGAUGGAAGGUCAACUACUUCAAGACCAAGGACUCCUGUCUUCUGAACAGCGCUGACUCCUCUCCUUAUAACAGCAAGGAGACUAGGCAACUAGUCAACGAUGUUAAGAAAAACAGUGACGUCAGUUUUUAAAAGACAUGCUGUAUGUUUUGAAAGGUGCAGGUUAACAAUGUAAAACUUGUAACAAUCUGGUUCUUUAAAAAAAGUUUAUCACUUUCAGUGCCAAGCGCCCCAUUAUACCUAAGGGCGUCCUAGCUGUCGCGGUUACACGUAGCAGGUGAGCGGGUUAACGAAAAGUGCUAAGAGUCAUUCCACACUAGCUAGCAUCUCCCGAGCAUCGGCGUCUAGCUAGUAGGGCUGCCAGUACAUACAUAAAUCUUGAUUAUACAGUCCAACGCCAAAGUUUAUACGAAAUUCGAUUGCAUUAGAUGGAAAAGUUUAUAUCCGAUUUUUUAUUACUUACUUCAAUCUCUAAAAUCUCUUAAUAUGUAGCGCCAAAACACAGCACAAAAAAGUAAAUAUUUGACGACCGGUCUGGCCUCGUGGGUAGUGACCCUGCCUAUGAAGCCGAUGCUCCCGGGUUCAAAUCCUGGUAAGGGCAUUUAUUCGUGUGAAUAGCAUGGAUAUUUGGUCCUGAGUCAUGGGUGUUUUCUAUGUAUUUAAGUAUUUAUCAAUAUUUAUAUAUUAUAUAUAUCGUUGUCUAAGUACCCUCAACACAAGCCUUAUUGAGCUUACUGUGGGACUUAGUCAAUUUAUGUAAUAAUGUCCUAUAAUAUUUAUUUAUUUAUUUAUUUAUGUACAUCUCACAGAUUAACAAACACCAACAAAUAUGGAACACCAAACCGAUAAAAUGGUCAGAGGGCCUACUGCGAACCACGUUCGAUGACAGGGAUGUCACACGUACGAAUUUACAAGUGCGACACAGAAGCAACACGUCGAACGUGGUUCGCGGUAAUCGCAGUAGGCCCUGCGACAAAAACCACUCAAACCGUCACCGUGUCAUAUUAUGAAGUUGGCCAUCCGUCUCUGUUAAUCCCGUGCUGAAAUAAAAAGGCGAAAUAACCAUUCGUAUUUUUUCGUAUGCAAUUAGCCAGAUUAUACGAAAUUAGAUCGAAUUAUACGAUCUGGCAGCCCUAGCUAGCGUCGAGUCAACUCUAUGGCUGCUGAUCGACGCAACGUUGGCGCUACUGCGCAGCGACGCCAUUUUCCAUUGCGCGCUGACUAGACGCCCCGACACUCAAAAUACGCUAGUGUGGGUGGCCUGGGGGCCUACCGUAAAAAUCGAAAUUCGCAAAUUGCGGGGAUCUUUCUCUUUUACUCUCACUAAGACGUAAUUAGAGUGACAGAGAAAAAUGCCCGCAAUUGACGAACUUUGAUUUUCGCGGUUGUAGCCCUGGUGCGGACGCGUGCGGUGCGACGGAUAUUAACUUAAGUACCUACAAUGGCACCCACGCCAGCUAGCGGGCGCCCUUAAAUGAACGAUGAAUACACCUAGCGUGUUCUUGGCAGUAC